CGGGAUCCUAAAUUAGUAAAUUCAUCCAAAACUCAAAAUAUUGUGUCUGGCGCAAAACCCAAAAGUUCAAAACCUAAUUACGGAGUAUUCUUUUCUACAGCUCCAAACCCAUCUCUCUCUCCUCUCGUUUUCUAUCUUCCUACAUUGGAGCUCUUGAAUUCUCCCUCUUCCUCCGUUGGAGCUCUCAAUUACAAGGGUAAUUCGUUUAUCUCUGUUAAUUUUUUGUUUUAUCUUGCAAACAAUAGCUAUUUGUGCCAUUUUUUUUUACCCGGAAAUCCUCCUCUUCUCCUGUUAAUUUUUCAUUUGGAAAUCACAACUACUCACAAAUUGCGACCACCACUGCAAUCUCCCGCAAACCCUAAACUGCGACCACCGGUCUCAAGGUUGUACCGCCGCCGCACGCGACGCUCCAACUCCGAAUUUUGAGUUUGUGUCAGCAAGAUUCCAAACUGAAGCCAGGUAUACAAUAGCUGAAAUGGGUUUGAUUUCCAUCACUAUGGAAUGCACCAGUCAGUAGCCAUAAUAACAGAAUUGUUUGGAGUGGUAAAUAGGAGUGUAUGGUACAAUUCUUCCAAGCUGACAACAUAAGUUUUAAUUUAUAUAAGACUUCCUUUGAUAAUGUUCCAAGACAUGGUUUUGUUAGGAUAGGAAGCUAGGAGAGCCUCUCCACUCAAGUAGACUUCCUCUACGUGCAUUUUAAGAGAGAACUUUUGGACCUUAUGCAAUCAGAAAAGUUGGAGCCAGAAGCUGCUUUCAUUAAUGCUUCUCUUAUUCCUGAUGUCUUCCCUGUUCUAGAAGCUGCCCACAAGGCUCUACCGUCGAAAGCUCGAAACUCUCUAACUACAAGGACACAACAUUCUGAGCUAGUUUACAAUUAUUCGGAAUCUAAGCAUAUUACAUCAUCUUUAAAAAGGCGUGGGAUUUCUGAUAGUUGUACCUAUAUGCCUGCUGCAUGUUUCGAUGCUUCAGUAAAUGAGAUUAAAGCCACCCAAGACUUAAUCAAGGGAAAGGAGAUUGGUUUGGAGGAGCUGGCAGGAAGAGAAAAUCAAAGCCAAAUUCAAAAGUAUUUUAACAAAGCUCCUCCCACGUAUUGACGAGCUAAGGGAUAGGUGGAUCUCAUAUGUUACCGGAUAUCACCAGCCAACUAACGAUGAAGAUGGUGAUAUGGGUUAACAAACUAUUUUUGUACUUUCCUUUUUUUGACAUUAGAUAGGUAUUUAAUUUUCUUUUGGUUGUACUAUACCUUAUAUAGAUCAUUUUGUCAACGAAUGAUAAGAUUUUAAUAUUGAAUGAAAGGAUUUGGACAUGAA